AUGGUGGACGCACCUUCGCGGAAGUAUGGCCUAUUACAGGAUCUCUUCCUUCUUGCUGUUUCUCUAGGUGGCAUGUGGUAUCUGGCGCAGAACGUCGUUUCCAGUCUUCCCAUGGGUGUCGGUGAUCCUGAAAAGGAGCAACAUGAGCAGGCGCGAGUAAAAGCGACCGCAAACCUUCGCAGACUGAAUAGACCUCGGGACGAUUCUGACUCCGACGACGAGUCCACCAGUGGAGGCAACGGAAAGGAACGGCCGAGGAAAGAAAACUUGGAGCUAGAUCAAUAUGAAAGUCAGAUAGCUUUGGAAGUUGUAGCUCCUGAAGACAUACCUGUGGGGUUCGACGAUAUUGGUGGGCUCGAAGAUAUUAUCGAGGAACUAAAGGAAUCCGUUAUAUAUCCCCUAACCAUGCCGCACUUAUAUGCCCAAACCUCUUCCUUACUUUCGGCGCCCUCCGGUGUGUUGCUAUAUGGCCCUCCCGGAUGUGGUAAGACAAUGUUGGCAAAAGCCCUGGCUCAUGAGAGUGGAGCCUGCUUUAUCAACCUGCACAUUUCAACGUUGACCGAGAAGUGGUAUGGGGAUUCAAACAAGCUAGUCAGAGCCGUAUUCUCUCUCGCCCGAAAGCUACAGCCUACAAUAGUUUUUAUCGAUGAAAUCGAUGCUGUGCUUGGCCAGCGGCGUAGUGGAGAGCAUGAGGCGAGUGGAAUGGUGAAGGCAGAGUUCAUGACUCUAUGGGACGGUCUUACUUCCGCUAGUGAAAGUGGACUACCAGCGAGAAUUAUGAUACUUGGCGCUACGAACAGAAUACAAGAUAUUGACGAAGCAAUCCUUCGAAGAAUGCCCAAAAAGUUUCCGGUUUCUUUACCGUCGAGGACACAAAGAUUACGAAUCUUGCAGUUGUUGUUGAAAGACACUAAAAUAGACACAGAAAAUUUUGACAUGGACUAUGUAACCCGUGUCAUGGCUGGCAUGUCUGGAAGCGACAUCAAGGAAAGCUGUAGGGAUGCAGCCAUGGCGCCAGUACGUGAGUAUAUCAGAGAACAGAGACAGAAAGGUGUCGCCAUGGCAGGUGUGAGGGCAGAUUCAGUCCGAGGAAUUCGAACGUCCGACUUCUUUGGCACAAAAGGUGGCCAAAUCAUCAACAAUAACCAUGCCAAGGUGAUAAAGGAAUCAAGUAAGCAUACUCGAGGCAAGCAGGAGGGCUCGAGUGAUGAAUAUGAGGAUGUCGAUGAGACGUUAGCGGAGUCUAUGGAUUAG